AUGCGGGACGAGGGUUCCUCUGACGAGCAUGAGCUGUCAACGACAACAAAUGAGGAAGACGAUGUAGAUCUAGAACACAUGGAUGAAAACUUUUCGCUGCGACAGGGUGCAACGUGCGAUGACCACUCACCUCCAUCAUCACUUCAGACAUCGACACGGCAAACUUGUACCAAGGAGAAAGUCAAGAUGAUACGGGACGACAGCAAAACAUCCUUGACGUCCAAUGGUGCGCUUCGUCAGGGAUCUGCUCCACGACUUCUAUCAGCAGAGAGUGUUGGUCUCAUUGCUCAAUAUGCAGCUGUGGGGCUAGUGUAUGGCGUUCUGCCCAGCACUAUCACUCCUUUUCUGACUUACUAUCUUAACAUGGAAGGUACAGCCACAACGUCGGCGCGAGCUCUACUAUCAAUUCCUUGGAGCUUCAAAGUGUUCAUUGGCAUCCUUUCCGAUUGCUUACCUCUUUUUGGAUACAGACGUCGACCUUAUAUGGUUCUGGGGUGGACUGUGACAGUUUUGUGUCUUUUGGUAAUGGCUAGUUCUCGAUUAGAAGAUCCGUAUUUUCCAGAUCCGGAAAUGCGAAAAAUCAAACCAGCGGACUAUUCGGUUGAGAUGGUGCAGUCACUUAACAGAGAUGCACCAAGUAGUGGAGCCAGGUACAUUGUGCUCAUGAUGUUUGCUACCCUAGGAUACCUUUUCGCAGACGUUGCUGCAGAUGCAGUGGUGGUCGAGUAUGCUCAACGAGAACCUGAAGAAACACGAGGACGCAUUCAAACAGCGAUUUACACGGUGCGAUCAUUGUUUAAUAUAGUGGCGCAAAUCAUUACAGGGUUUGGAUUAAGCUUGCCCGAUUAUGGUGGUAGUUUUGAUUUUGGACUUUCGUUUCCGGACACGAUGCUGCUUUUAGCAAUAUUUUGUCUCCCUGUGAUUCCAAUGACGUGGAUGUUUGUGCGCGAAGAAGUUGUGAAGGAGCGACCAAUGCUGAAAAAGUAUAUUGGCGAUCUUUGGGACGCUGUUCAAACGCGUGCUAUCUAUCAGGUAAUUGCCUUCAGCUUUCUAUCUGGAGUAUUUAGUGGAUUUACAUAUGUAGCACAAGAUCCGAUGACAUCGUACUGGGUGCAUGCUACAAGUUUCAAUUUAAGUCUAAGCAGUAUAUUCGGUAGCUUUGUGACUGUGGUCACACUGGCGUUAACAGGAAAGUAUGGACUACAUUGGAAUUGGCGGACGAUGCAUGUAGUCACCAUGUUCUGUGUGCUUGCACUUGAUGCUGUGUGUACCAUGCUAGUGACGUGGAAUAUUGUGCGAAAACAGUGGUUUUGGCUCGGUGUACCGAUUGUAGAGGCAGUACCGGAAUCCGUUAGCUUCAUCAUUUCUACGUAUGUGGUCGUGGAGCUAGCUGGACAUGGUAAUGAAGGAGCGAUUUAUGGCCUUUUGACCACAGUGAGUAACUUAGGUGGACCUUUUGCUUUGACCCUGACAAAAAACGUAAACGCAGCUUUCAAGGUGUAUAAUGACGACAUAUUGAAUGAUACUUAUGAGGUGCGACGCGACGUGACCAUCACCAUCCUGAUUUCGUACGUGAUGAAACUACUGUCGUUGUUGUUCCUUCCUUUACUGCCUCGUCAAAAGGCUGAGACUCAGGCUUUAAAACGAGCAGGUGGAAGCAGUCGACGUAUGGGUUUGUUUACGAUAUCAUAUCUAUCUUUUGCGCUCGUGUGGGCAAUUUUGACGAACUUGUUGGGUAUUUUCGAAAGCACUCGAUGCUGGAUUAUCACUGGCGGCUGUAAGGAAUAG